AAGAGUGAUCCAUUCAAUUAAAGUCCAUCGCACUCGCUCCCCUCCCUCUCCAAUAUCGUCGUCUCCGCCUUCCAAAUUCUUCUCCUCCUCCAUGGGAACGGGCGCAUCCAAGAACUCGGAUAGCUCUCAUGGCGGCCAGCUCUACGUCUCCCUCAAGAUGGAGAACCUCAACGUCCGAGGCGACCUUAUCCCCCACGUCUACGGCUCCCUUCCCAUCACUGGAUCCUGGGAACCCACCGAAUCUCUAUCGAUGGCGCGGGAGUCGGCCUCGAUGUGGGUGCUCAGCUUCAUCGUGCCUCCUAAUCACGAGACGUUAGACUUCAAAUUUUUGUUGAAGCCCAAGUACAAUGCGCGGCCGUGCAUGGUGGAGGAAGGGCCAAGCCGGCAGUUCAUUGGAGGGGCACUGCAGGAGGGGGAUGCCCGGCCUGCGCUCUUCAAUGUUGGCUUGGAUGAAGAGGAGGUUCUUGAGUAUAGGGUGUUCAUCGAGGUUGACAUUGUGUCCCCAUUUGAUCUUGCGGCAAGCUGGAGAGCUUAUCUUGAAAAUCUUCAACCAUCAAGAGUGCGGGGGAUUCCGGAUGUCAGUAUCAAUGUGGCACCUGAAACGGGCAUGGAGAAUAGUUCAGGAUCUACUUUGGAGCUUGAUUUAGAACACUAUGUUGUUCCGGCACCAUCUUCCAUUGCUGGUGCUCUUUAUGCAGCUAACUUGGCAGAGACACCAAGAUCAUUGCUAGGGACUGGGGAUUUCUCUAAAAUUGAUGCCUCAACUGGUGGUUCAUAUGGCACAAGUAGAGCUGGUGACUGUUCUAAUAGCUGCAAGGACAUGGAUGCUGUUGUCUCAGAUCCUUGCAAACUUCUCUCAGUUCCUGGUUUUGACUCAAAAUCAGUUGGCACAUUCUCACCAGUUCCCAAGCAAGAGAGUCAGAAAGGACUCUUUGUUGAUAGAGGUGUCGGCUCACCUAGACUUAUUAAAUCAGCUGGUGCAGGGAUAUUCACAUUUGAUCGCAAAUUGGACUGUGAAACAAAGAAGGGCAUGCCGGCAGCAGCUGGAGCAGUUGCAGCUGCAGCAAUAGCUGAUCAGAUGCUAGGGCCAAAGGAGGAUAGUAGGCUGGCCAUUGUGCUGGUUGGUUUGCCAGCCCGAGGAAAGACCUUCACAGCAGCCAAGCUUACCAGGUAUUUGAGAUGGUUAGGUCAUGAAACAAAGCAUUUCAAUGUUGGGAAGUAUCGUCGCCUUAAGCUUGGUACAAAUCAGACGGCAGAUUUUUUUCGUGGUGACAACCCAGAAGGUAUGGAAGCACGCAAUGAGGUAGCUGCUUUGGCUAUGGAUGAUAUGAUAUCCUGGAUGCAGGAAGGAGGUCAGGUUGGCAUUUUUGAUGCCACAAAUAGUACCAAAAGUCGAAGGAAUAUGCUUAUGAAAAUGGCUGAAGGAAAGUGUAAGAUCAUAUUUCUGGAAACAAUAUGCAAUGAUGCACACGUAAUUGAAAGAAAUAUACGCUUGAAAAUUCAACAAAGCCCUGAUUAUGCAGAAGAACCAGAUUUUGAAGCUGGAAUGCAAGACUUUAAAGAACGCUUAGCCAAUUAUGAAAAGGUAUAUGAACCAGUUGAAGAGGGUUCUUAUGUCAAAAUGAUUGACAUGGCCAGUGGACAAGGUGGGCAGAUACAAGUUAAUAACAUUGGUGGUUAUCUACCUGGCAGAAUAGUCUUCUUCUUGGUAAACACUCAUCUCACACCUAGGCCUAUUCUUCUUACUCGACAUGGUGAAAGUCGUGAUAAUGUUAGAGGAAGAAUCGGAGGUGAUGCAGUUUUAAGUGAAGCUGGGGAACUUUAUUCGAAGAAGCUUGCAGAAUUUGUUGAGAAAAAACUGAAAUCUGAGAGGACAGCUUCGAUAUGGACUAGUACACUCCAAAGAACGAUUUUAACUGCAAGUCCAAUUGUUGGAUUCCCAAAGAUACAAUGGCGUGCUCUUGAAGAGAUAAAUGCUGGAGUAUGCGAUGGAAUGACAUAUGAAGAAAUAAAGAAAAACAUGCCUGAGGAAUAUGAAUCACGUAAGAAGGACAAGCUUAGAUAUCGUUACCCUCGUGGAGAAUCAUACUUGGAUGUCAUCCAAAGAUUGGAACCUGUCCUUAUUGAGCUUGAACGACAACGUGCCCCAGUUGUCAUCAUAUCUCACCAGGCUGUAUUGAGAGCACUGUAUGCAUAUUUUGCUGAUAGACCAUUGCAAGAAAUUCCUCACAUUGAGGUACCACUUCACACAAUAAUUGAGAUCCAAAUGGGUGUCACUGGUGUUCAAGAGAAAAGAUACAAGUUGAUGGAUUAAUUUAGUUCCAGGAUGGCGUAAGCAUGACACUAUUUCAUGUAGCUGACAAGACUAUUUUACUGUCAUAACUUUUGUAACAAAUUGAAAAUUAGCUCGGAAACAAGCCGCUCCAUUUUUUGUAAUGGCAUUUAUCAACUGUGAAGAGACUUAUCAGAGCUAUUCUUUUCUGUUAAUCUUAUGUGUAUUUUCUGCUC